AUGAAGAAACUCUACCGUAAAGGAACCGUCCACCCCUCCCCAUCUCCGCCGUCGCCAACCAUCUCCAACCACCUCUCCUUCCUCCCCGCCGCCAUCCUCACCCUCACCCUCUCCCUGUCCCUGGAGGACCGAGAAGUCCUCGCCUACCUCAUCUCAUGCUCUUCCUCCUCCACCAACAACUUCACCAACAACCACCGCCGGAACCCUAAGGUGGUCGUGGACGGCGAUCACCCUCCCCUCUUCAACUGCUCCUGCUUCCGCUGCUACAUGAGCUACUGGGUCCGCUGGAACGCCUCUCCCAACCACCAACUCAUCCACGAAAUCAUCGACGCCUUCGAAGACUCUCUCACCCACUCUACGAAACCCUCCCGAAAGGAUAAAAGAAACAAGAGGGGCUCUAAAACCAAGCCUCCCGAGUUGACUCGCUCGGAGUUUCACUCUUCGCCGCCGGAACCACCCCCGGAGGGAAGUAGUAGCGGCGGUGGUGGUGAGGUUGAAGUUGGUGAAGGUGGUGACAGGGAUGAGGAUGAGGAGAAAGGGUCGGUGAGAAGGUUUAUGAGUUUCAUUGGAGAAAGAAUUUGGGGUGCUUGGGGUCCCUGA